AUGUAUGACAUUACCUACCAUGUUCAUGAACAGAGAGCUGACAGUGACGAGCUCGAUCCCUCCUUCUUCCAUGAGAUCGAAGAAAGGUUUAAGUCUGGCGAUGAUUCUCAAAAGCUGCUCUCCUCUCCACCUCCCGAGCAGCACACUGAGUUCAGCCCAGAUGAUGAUGGCACAACAUUUUUGGAUUCAGUCAUGCCAAAUACUUCUAACAUCGGAAGGAGGGACUUCGAAUCCAUGACCCACGAGUGUUCAGGCAAUGUUUUGAAGACUGUGCUGCAUGACAUCACUUUCGAAGACGAGGAUCAGAUUUUGGAGCAGAAAAGCGACCCAUCUUUGGAUGCUCUGAAAUUCAUUCAAAAUGCUCGAGAAGAUUCGAAGAAAGGAGAUGAUGGCGCUGAAAGGGGAGGAGAAGAGAAACAUGUCAAUGCUCAGAGUGAUUCUAUUCUCAUCACAAGCUUGCAAGGAUACAGCCUUGUUGCACCAAGGGGAAAGUGCCUGGGACAUUGCUUCGUAGAAGAAGCGUGUCGGAGAGGAGCAACUGUAUCGUUGAAGCCGAUAGAAUCUGAGAAAUCCGUCAUAGAGACGUUGCAAAAAGAAAGGAGAGUGAUCUACUCACUCAACGAGAGAUUUUUUGUUUUGACGAUGAUCAGAAUUCCAAUCCCGAUCUCGGAUUCCAAGACUCAGAUAAGAGAUCAAGACAUCUGUCGGACUCUGGAACAAAUCUCUCUCAGUGUGAAGGAGAAAGCUCGAGAAAAUGGUAAAACCAAGAGACCACACAAUAUGUUGCGUACAAGCUACAGCAACGAAUGGUCUGGCAUGUUGCUGUUCCUUGGUAUGACGACCAAGUACUUCAGUGAAGUACAGACGAAGAAUGGCCCAACUAUUGAGAACAAUUACACACUGAAGAGCUUGGACGAAGAAGGGAAUCUUGUCCUCGAAGACAGUGCAGCGGCAAGAGAGAAGUAUCAGAAUCAGACUUUGGAAAAGGCUAAAAAUCGUUCCAAGAGGAAGCGAGAUGCCAAGAAAUGA